AUGGACAGCAGAAUGUUUUCUGGUCAGGUGGGUCUGAAUUACAGCUUCAACCUAAGCGAUGGCCAGGAGCUAGUGGACACGGCGGCGGGCAUGGCGAAGCUCUCCCCGACGGGCUUCGUAGUGCUGUCCGUGGUGCUGGGCUUCAUCAUGACUUUUGGCUUCCUGAACAACUUCAUUGUCCUGCUUCUGUUUUGCAAGUUCAAGAAGCUGCGAACACCAGUGAACAUGCUGUUGCUGAACAUUAGUGUCAGUGACAUGAUGGUGUGUUUGUUCGGCACCCCUCUGAGUUUCGCCUCCAGUGUUCGAGGCAAGUGGCUGCUGGGGCGCAGCGGCUGCAGCUGGUACGGCUUUAUCAACUCCUGCUUUGGUAUUGUGUCGCUGAUCUCUCUGGUGAUCCUCUCCUACGACCGCUACAGCACUAUGACUGUAUACAACAGGCAUGGUCCAAACUACCGCAAGCCCCUGCUAGCGGUCGGGGGCUCUUGGCUAUACUCCUUGUUCUGGACAGUGCCCCCAUUGCUGGGCUGGAGCAGCUAUGGCAUAGAGGGUGCAGGAACCAGUUGCUCUGUGUCCUGGACAGUUCAGACGGCUCAGUCGCACGCCUACAUCAUCUGCCUCUUCAUUUUCUGCCUGGGUAUACCUGUCCUGGUAAUGAUCUACUGCUAUAGCAAGCUGUUAUGGGCAGUCAAACAGGUGGGUAAGAUCAGAAAGACAGCAGCCCGGAGGAGGGAGUACCACAUACUGUUCAUGGUUCUGACCACAGCGGCCUGCUACCUAUUGUGCUGGAUGCCUUACGGUGUCGUGGCAAUGAUGGCAACAUUCGGCCCGCCCAACAUCAUUAGUCCUGUGGCCAGCGUUGUGCCCUCACUACUGGCUAAGAGCAGCACUGUCAUUAACCCUCUCAUCUACAUACUUAUGAAUAAACAGUUCUACAGGUGUUUCCUGAUUCUGUUUCACUGUGAUCACUGGUCAGCGGAGAAUGGCAACAUCUCAAUGCCCUCCAAGACCACGGUAAUCCAGCUGAACCGUAGAGUCCACAACAACACAGUGGCCUGCACCGCCCAGAUCUCCACUGAUGCUCUCAACCAGUGCUGCAGCACCCCAGCCACGAGGCACACAACUCUCCCCCCCACCGGGGUCACAACCUGAGCCUGGAUAUUCUCAACAUAACCAGACAGGAAACACAGUCAUGAUGUAGCAGCUCAAUGUGAACUAAAGUAAAUGUAGUUUAUGUGUGACCUUGCGUGUGCAGAAAGGAGUCUUUUUUUUGUGCAGUAGAAGUGUUUAAGAAACACUACAUGGCCAAAGGUCUACGGACUCCUGAACGUUACACCCAUGUGUGAUUGGUGAGCAUUUAAACACUUUUCUGGUUUCAGGCUUUCCAGAAAGUUUUGGAACCUGCUAGCAAGCAAUUUCUCUCCUUCGGCCACAAUGUGGGGUCUCCCUUAACUGGAAAUGAGGAGCACAAAAAUACACAACAUGAGGAGAUCUACUUUUGGCCAUGUAGUGUGUACUUAACCCUUGUUUUAUAUGUGCUAUAUGUAUAUUUAUAUGUACAGGAAAUGUUAUCAUCUCUACAAAGCACAUUAUCUUAAUCCAUCUAUCUUAAUUACAUUGGAAUCAGGUUGAAAUAGUUUUUUUUAGAAAACUGUCUCAUAUUACAUGUUAUUUGUUGGCUGAAUUCCUUUUUAAAAUUUAGGCUCUUUUCUACAAAACUAAAUCCUGGUGCCUCUUUUCUGUUGCCGUUCAGUCAGUUUGUCAUUGUGCUGCUGUAAACGUUAAAGCUAGUCAGUCAUAUAUUUGUGCUUCAUCUAUCAGUGUCUAAGUGGAUCGAUGUAUUCUGUAUUUUCCUCCUCUUUGAGCAUCUGCGCUGCUCUGACUGUAAAUGUUGCAGAAUCUAACAAAUCCUAUCUUAAAUUUAAAUUUCAACUUGUAUAAUAAUAAUAAUAAUAAUAAUAAUUAAUUUUGGUCUGCAUGGUAGGCAUUUAUUUUUAUUCAUUUCUGUGUUAGUGAUCCUUUUUGAUAUAGUUACUUAUGUUAUUGCAUGAUUUUUGCAUGCUGCUUUAUAAAUUAAAUUUCACAUUUAUCACAAAUCAUGGACAGACAAAGAGUUACUUACACCUGCAUUAAAUUAAAGAGCUCAACCCCCAUCUAGGAGUAACUGGUCUAACUAGGAGCCACAUUGAGUUGUGGUGAUUACACCCCUGACAAGUUAAGAGAAGGGGAGCUCAUGGAAUGGAAUACGGGAUGCCAAAUGGCUCGUUUGUACUAUUGUACUUAUUGUUGGUUUUAAUUAAAUAUCAUUGC